AUGAAUCACGGUGAUCACGGAGGGUCAGACGACUCUGCCGCCUGCAAGAUUUCCAUGCUUUGGAACUGGUACACAAUCGAUGCCUGUUUCCUGUCGAAAUCGUGGCACAUCAAGUCCCAUGGGGCCUUCGCAGCCACCUGCAUCGGCGUGGUGUUCAUGGUUAUCACGCUCGAGGCCCUCCGUCGACUAGGCAAAGAGUACGACGAGUACAUACAACGCCAGUUUGCCGCCCGAGUGGCCCUGCUUUCACAAGGAGUCAGCUCUAACACUUCUGCCCCUUCCUGCGGCGCCGGCGGGACCACGAACAGCUCCUCUUCGACUGGGGAAGCGCUAGCCCCGCAAACGGUGACCUUCCGUGCGUCGCCGUUGCAGCAGUUCAUUCGUGCAUUAAUUCACGCUGCGACCUUCGGCCUGGCAUACAUUGUCAUGCUGUUGGCCAUGUAUUACAACGGCUACAUCAUAUUUUCUAUCCUGAUCGGUGCACUUCUGGGGAAAUUCCUGUGCGAUUGGAUGAGUAAGACGGUUGUCAUUGGUGGCUCGCAGGCCAAUAAGGGCGUGGUUACUCCUCCAACCGGCAUUGAGGAGCCGACAGUGUGCUGUGGGUGA